AUGAGGUCGCUGCAUGGUGUUGGGCUGUCCUCCCGGCGAGAGCUGAGAGAAAUGGGUAAAGAUGGCUUGCAAGCCAGAAUAACUGCACUCGAAGAGGAGGUAGGUCAACUUGAAGUGGCAAUGGAAAAGAGCAGCAAGAAGAAUGCAGCGAGCAUUUCGGAGCUGCAGAAAGAGCUGAAUGCAACCACGGCGAAGUUUCCAGACAAACUUCCUUGGCGCACUGAAGAACAGAAACUGAAAGCAAAGAUCAGAAAAAUCGAGGAUCAGAUAGCCGAAACGCAUCAACAGAUCCUCGCACAUGGCGAUGUGGCUGAAAGAAGUCGAACUGAGUUGGAAACCUUAGUCCAACAAGGGGCCAAAUGCAAAUGCAAAGGCGCUGGCAAGGAAAAGGUGAAGAAAAUAUCCUUGCUGCAGACCGAAGGCAGACCUCCAAGACACCUUUCUGAGGAUGAGAUUGCAGCCAUGGUCAACGAUUUAACAGGUCUCACUUUUGAUAUGGCGACUCAGACAAGUGCUGUGGAAGGUGCCAAAGGUGCUCCUGAUGAGUCAGUGGCCGUUGAGGGCUUGGUGAGGAAAGCGGAGGAGCUUCAAAGGCGCCGUUCUGAUCUCCAGGCUCAACAAGUGCAAGCGGCCAAGAAAUUUGAAGAGGAGCGAUCCAAACUCCUGGAGCAGUUUCAAGCUGCUUCGAGAAAGCUGUCUGCAGCCAAGGUCAAAGCGGUGCAGGAAGAGCAAAACGCCAAAGAGCGUCAGAGGACAUUGACAGAGCAGCACACCUACGCGUCUGCCAUUCUCACCCAGCAGGUGAACAAACUGGAGAAGUUGAACACACAGAUGGCUGAUUAUGGUGCAAGGAUCAAAGAGUUGUCUGACCUGGUGAAGACCUGUGGAUGUUUGGCGGAGGACGCAGCUGUGUGGAUGCCACCCGCAAAGGUCACCACAACAACUACCACUGUUGCGCCGCAGGUUGGAUUGGUGCGCGAGAGCCGUCUGCGAUCUGACAGCGCCCAGGCCGAAGUCAAGGCAAGCUCUUCUCAGUCGGCACUCCCUAGGGACACCGUGCUGUACAACUCAUGGGAUGUUGACAUGGAACUUGAGAAGCUGCAAGAUGCCAACAUCAAGAUCUACGAGGCUCAGGCAAACGACUUGAAGGUGAUGCGGCGGACGUGUGGCUUUACAGCAGGCUCGAAUGCCUCUGCCGAUGUGUACAACACAUGGUGUUAUCCAGGCUCUUACUGGGGAAUGUCCAAGUAUGCAUCCGACUUCGGUGAAGGUGCUGUAAAUGACAUGAUCGUCCAUCCACCAAAUCGAAGCGAGGGCAACGAGCUUUUACUUCUGCGCUUUGAGGUUCCACAUUCGGGCCAAUACACCUUGGACCUCUUUGGCGCCAGAUCGCGAGGCGAUGGUCUUGUGGAUGCCCUCCUUUUCGUGAAUGAUGAGGAACGAAUUGUUUUGAAGAAUUUGGCAAACGCUGAAUUGCCCACCACUACGAAUGGAAUGAACAUUGUGCAUAACUUGGGGCAGCUGGCAGCGGGUGACUAUCUCUAUUUCGCCAUCCGCGGUGAUGGUAUGGCUGACGUCAAGCUUCGCUUCAGGAUUAUUGGAGUCAUUGGAGUCAAGAAGGCAGCCACUGAGAGCACUACGACCUCUACGAGCACUUUGGUGUGCAACUGCCAGGAGAUCUGCACCAAGGUGCAAGGGGCUGUUGUUCCUCCGACCGCUGCCUGUGAGGAAGAUGGGUGCAACUCAAAUUGCCGUGGAUUUGGCUGUGGCUUCAAGUGCGCUGCGGAGGCUUGCGCGUCCAACUGCCAGGGAGAGCUUUGCGGCUAUCAUUGCGAGGGCAAAGAGUGUGCAUCCAACUGUACCGGAAGUGCCUGUGGUCGACGAUGCAAGCAGACUUCUUGUGGAGAGAGGUGUGCAGGAACUGAGUGCAGCUCAGAAUGUCAAGGGAGAAACUGCGGGAAAUCUUGCGAAGGCUAUCGGUGCGCAUACAAAUGCGUGGGAUAUCAGUGCGCAAAAGGCUGCGUUGGAGUGGAAUGUGGUUAUGGAUGUGAAGGUGAGGAAUGUGCUUCUGACUGCGUUGGUGAGAACUGCAACGGUGAUUGUCAAGGCAAAGACUGUGAUCUCGCCGAAAAGCCCUUGCAGCUUGUCACUACUCCAGUGACUCCAGAGUCAAUCGCUUGCGAUUGCGACUGUUCAGGGAAUGUCGCCGUGCAAGGAUUUGCAUAUGUUGAAGGCCCCAAACUGAGUAACCUGGCCCAAGUGCAAUGUGAUGCAGAAGGUGCUGAAAUGGGCAGCAUCGAAGAUAUUGCGCAUCGGUGUGGUAGUUUUGAGCAUUGCCACAGCCUCUUCGACUAUAACUGUGACGGAAUUGCUUGGAGAAAUUGUCGGAGCUCAGCAGCCAGACUGCAGAACUAUAGUGGUGACAGCGGUGCAUGCUCCAGAUUGAAGCAGGCUGGCUGGCUCUUAUUCGGAACUGCGCAACGUGGCGUUCAAUUCGCCCGUCCAUACCUAGAGAGUGCAUCUCCAGUUUCGGCUAUGCGAAUGGACAUCGACUCGAUCUCUGUGAGGGCGGUUGAUGUGACCAUGAAGAAAGUCUUUGGCCUUACUUCUUCGGCUGCGGACGAUGAAACCUUCCAGGAGGGGGGAUGCCUGAAACUUCUGCCCGCUGGCACUGGUGGUGUUGUGGAGCUUCCCGACGGAAGCAAGAAAGACUACUCCAACGGAGAUGUGUUCACCGUGAACCUUGGGCAAAAAGGCUUCGAAUUCUUCCAGAACGACAUAUUGUUAGGUUCCUGGUCGACAGAAAAGCUACCUGGGCAGCUACUAGCCAAGCUGUGGCUUUUCGACCAGCACUCCUCUCUGGAAGUUUUGCAAGCCUGCAAAAAUGUCGAAGGGUCCUACAUCUCCGACGCUGGCCCUGUGGUUGUGAAUCAGAGGGGAUGUGCGAUCACUGUGAAUCAGCAAGGAUCAGGAGCCGUGAGCGGAGUUGUGUCCGGCAAUUCUCUCAUGCUUGGUGCUGUGGGAUACUCGCAGGAUGGUCCCUUGCUCAGAUUGUGA